AUACAAAAGCAGGUAACGAACCGUUACAUUUAUCUGUAUCUGGUGACGGUACAUGGAGCAAAAGAGGCUUUUCGUCCUUAUUUGGUGUUGUUACACUGAUCGGAAAGUACACAAACAAGAUAGUAGAUGUUGUGGUUAAAUCUAGCUUUUGUAAAGCAUGUUCACUUCGAAAACAUGACAAUUCUAUAGAAGAUUUAUUGUGGCAAGAGGAACACGCAGAACAGUGUACGAUCAAUCAUUCAGGAAGCGCUGGAAAAAUGGAAGUCGACGGCAUUAUUGAAAUGUUCCAACGUUCUCAAAAUUUACACGGCGUUAUGUACGAAAAUUAUAUAGGUGAUGAGGACAGCAAAACUUUCAAAAGUUUAAUCAAUGAAAACCCAUAUGAAGACAAAUUAUUGGUUAAGAAAAAAGAAUGCAUUGCACACGUUCAGAAACGUAUGGGGAGUAGAUUGAGAAAUGCCAAAAAAUCGCACAAAGGUAUUGAUGGAAAGGGAGCAGGAAAAUUAACGGAAAAAUUAAUUAAAGAUCUCACUAUUUACUAUGGAUUAGCAAUACGACGAAACACAGAGUCUUUGCUCGACAUGAAAAAUGCAGUAUGGGCGACAUAUUAUCAUAAAAUAUCAACUGAUGAAAAGUCCAUGCAUUCUCAUUGUCCUCCAGGAUCAAAUUCUUGGUGCAGCUGGCGCGUCGCAGAAGGCAUGCUUCAAAAUUAUCAUCAUGAUCCACCUCUGUCUUCUGACGUUCAAACUGUCAUUUAUAAAAUUUAUGAAGAUUUAUCAGAUGAUGAUUUGCAAAUCGUCGCACAUCAAAUUCUUCACAAGAAGCCAGAACAGCUCGGCGAUUGGAGAAACUGCAGAUUGCAGAAAACGAUUUCUUUGAAGAAGCAGAGGGACUAUUAUAUGGACCUGGUAUUGCAGAUUAACCAUUAUUUGGAGAGGCUGAAUCACGGACGCCAUGGAGGCGUGUUUUUCCGAUGACCCCUAUUUCAAUCACCAUUUGGAGGAAUUAAAACGCAUUUUUUAUAAUAAAAAUAUUUUUUUGUCGUGUAAAUGUUAAACAAUUUCUUAAAAAAAAACCGCAUAUCUCUAUGUAUAACAGAUUUUCUUUAAAAAAUUCGUAAAAAUAGGCUAAUUUUAUGGUCGGCAAAGGUGAAAGCCCUCUUAAAUAAUCAAUAAUUAAUCAUUU